AUGAAAAGAAAUCCUCAAGGAAAAAAACGAGCCUAUCACGAGAAGAGCGAGUUGGUUCAACACAUUCACGGACGAGCCAUUGCAAAUCCCCUUUUACCUCAACACGGUGACCAUGCUCUUCCAAAAAUCCAUGGUCAUCGACCCAUCCUCAACUCAACGCAGGCCUAUAGAGCCCUGGACGCGUUCCAAGAAGCUUUUCCAGCACACUUGGCUAGUGCAGAGCGACGCAGCGGCCACUUGAUACAG